GAGUAGGCAUUCAUAACGGCGAUGGGCGUUUUGACUCCAGCCAGAUGCACUCGCCUCACGAUACCAGAACCUCGAGCCGCGAAGGAGAGAUGGGCGAGGAUCCCAAGUCCCUUUCCAUAGACACUUCGUCUGUUGAUUACGACUAUCUCGCAAGGUCAGUCCUUCAUCCGUGGAUACAGACUACUGCUUAGUUACCCUUCGCCGAUGGAACCGGAGUUUCAAGUUGGCUGACUGCCUUGUGUGGUAUUAUGCACCCGGUGUAGAUCUCCUCUGCUCGAACAUGACCAUGGGCUCAGCUCGUCUGGCCUGCCUCGCAUACGACAAUCUUCGAGAGCUCCUUCUCUCCCCUUUGCCUUGACAUCUUCGUCUUCGAUACAGCAGCUGUCUCAGUCACAGCCAAAUAAUAAUCAUAAUAAAAACAAAUCCACCAUACCAUCCACACACCCGUCCGACGGCACAGUUUCGCCGGGCGUCGAAGACCUCUACCGAUUUCCAUCAGAGUCACUGCACUCCUUUUCGUUUGCGAAGCAAUCGGACGACCUACUAAAUAAUCGACAGAAUCUCCUAAAGCGGUCCAUCGACUUUCUCCGGGAUCGAAUUGGGCUACAUACAAACGACUCGGGUCAGACUGAUGGCCCAGCCCAGAUGAGCGAUGAAAACGAGAUACAGUGGAUGAUGGACAUACUCUCCCGUUCGAACCUGCUGGGCAGUUAUGAUGCAGCUAAUCACUCUGUGGGACCAGCCACGGGACCGCCAGUUCCCGAAGCAGGCGGGAAUAUCUUCGACCGUGCCUUUGGAGCCUAUCAAACAUACAGUCCUGCAGAAAUCAGGUCUCCACAGGAUAGGUUUGCUGGCAGGGAACAACAGCAUUUGAGUCCAGUGACGUUGGAGCGAGCAACGCCUCGCACGAGAGGCAGAAAGUCGGCUCCAUCGUCAAGACGAGUUAGUUUGAAGAGGACAUUUACAGAUAUCGGAUCCCUGUCGCAGCACGGUAAGUCCAUGGGUGCCAUAACAGAGCCAUACUCCGCCGUGGAAUUCCAUUCGAACCGGAGUACCUCGUCCUUUGGCUUCGGCUGUAUGACGCCCACCAUGCACGUCCACAGCGGCAAAUCAUCGCUUCCUACGCAGGCUGUGUUUACCACCGAAACCAAGCCUAAGUGGACUAUCCUUGCAGCCAACGACCUUGCGUGCCUCAUAUUCGGAGUUACCCAGUGUGAGUUCAGGAAGAUAAGCAUUCUAGAUUUGAUUCAGAGAGAAAGAAGAGAGUGGCUGGCGUCGAAGCUUCAAGGUACACAGAUUCCGACUCCAGAAUCAGAUUACCGCCAUGAGGAAUCACCUCGCAAGGCGGCUCCCGGUAAGCUAUUCGGCCUGGGAAGCGGCGUUACUGCACAGUUACUGAGCAAACCCCCGUCCCGAGUUACGCGAAAAGCAAACGCUCUGAAUAGCUCUCCGUCUUCAAGCGCUACAAGUGAUAGCGGCAACGGCAACAGAAACGGCAACAACGGAACCAAACAACCCAAGAACCCCAAUCAUUCAUCCAAAAAGUCGCGUGGCGUGCUACUUUGCGGCGAGGUCGUUCCUAUCCAGAAGAGGAACGGCACAACGGGUUCAGCAAGCCUCUGGGUGAUGGAGAAGAGAGGAGGGUUGAUUUGGGUUGUCGAAGAAAUCACUGAACACGCUGUUACCAUGGAAUUCGAUGAUAGAGGCAGAGUGACCAGCGUCAGCGGCGAUUCUGAACAGAUAUGGGACAGAAUGAUGAUUCAAAGGGGCUCUUCUAUCUUUAAGCUCCUACCUAAUGUGCCCGAGCGGUUUCCGACAGGCUGCGGAAAGCCUGACUUCUCUAAAAUCAAUGAACAAAGACACUUCACUGCAUUUGGCGCUCGGGAUGACAACAGCAUCCCACUGACCUUGACGCCUGUCUCUGGAUCUCAUGCUUUCCGCAUAUCUUGCUUCCCGCAUAUCGCUGGCAUGAUGGUACUCUGUGCGAAAACUCUGAAGAUCAUCAGCGCCAACUCGGCGUUCACUGCUACUUUGUUCGGUGACCCCAAAACAGAGGGUUCCCAGGUUACGGACCUCUUGCCACAUUUUGACGAGUUUCUCAGCAUUCUGACUGAGCAGGACGACACUCCCCUUGUGGAUGGAGUGGUUAUUUCGGAACACGGAUUCCGCAGGGCUCGAGCCUUAUUCAUGAUGCGGCAUAGUGAGUCCAAAUUGACAAUGACAGAUCUGCGCCCUGUGGGUCUGCCUGCGUGUCAUAAAGAUGGUUCGAAGCUCACGGUCGACGUGCAGAUGCGGGUGGUUAAAAGCAAGUGUGCGCUACCUGAGAACAGCAAGCCUACUUCUGGAUCUGACCGGAGCAGUUCCUCCGAGGGUGACAACAGCAGCAAUGCCACCCGGUCUACGGAGGAUGUGUUUGCACUGUGGGUGUCAUAUUCUAGGCAGCUUCAUUCACCUACGGAGGAUGACAUGCUCUGUUUACCCAACAAGGCGAGGAAAGUGUCUGAGGUUCCGCCCAUAUCUCCAGGCCAGGUGUCUCCCGUUCUAUCGGCGCAGAGAAUACCACAGGUUGAGUCGCCGUCUGGGGAACCCUUGUCCCAGUCAUCUCUUUUGACUCAACAGUUGACAGAAGCUGCAUCUGAGCCUCUUGUUCCACAGCCUCUGCAACGAGCAGCGGAAGCCAGGGUGGCCGUUCCUGCGAAUGACGAAGUCCCAACCAAGAAGAGCAUAUCCGACUACGUAAUUUUGGAAGAUAUGGGAGAAGGCGCUUACGGACAGGUGAAACUGACCCGGUCCAGACGAGACCCGUCGAAAAAGGUCGUCCUUAAAUACGUCACCAAGAACAGAAUCCUUGUCGACACAUGGACUCGGGAUAGGGUCCUUGGCACGGUGCCGCUGGAAAUCCACGUUCUAAACUUCCUCCGCCGCGAAGGCAACCGCCAUCCGAACAUCGUUGAGAUGGAAGGUUUCUUUGAAGAUGAUGUCAACUACUACAUCGAAAUGGUGCCGCAUGGUCUUCCAGGCAUGGAUCUGUUCGAUUAUGUCGAGCUCCGUGCAAACAUGGAACAAGACGAAUGCCGAAAUAUCUUCUACCAGGUCGCCAGUGCCAUCGACCAUCUACACAACAAGGCGUCUGUUGUCCACCGAGACAUCAAGGAUGAAAACGUCAUUCUCGAUGGCGAAGGCAGGAUCAAGCUGAUUGACUUUGGAAGUGCCGCGUAUAUUCGCAGUGGCCCGUUUGAUGUGUUUGUUGGCACCAUAGACUAUGCUGCACCGGAAGUUCUACAGGGAAAACCGUAUCUCGGCAAGGAACAAGAUGUCUGGGCCCUAGGAAUCCUCCUCUACACGAUAAUCUACAAGGAAAAUCCAUUCUACAACAUCAACGAAAUUAUGGACCACCCACUGCGUGUUCCCUUCUUACCGUUCACUGACGACUGUCUUGAUCUGAUUCGCCGAAUGCUUGAUCGGAAUGUGCAGACAAGAAUAUCUAUUACCGAAGUAAUGAAUCAUCCCUGGAUGAAGCUUGCUGCCAACGGUAACGGGAAUAGUAAUGGUGCAGCAGCAACAAGUCUUCCUAGUCGAUAAUCUCAGAGCCUCAAACUACUCUACCUACCGAUACCCCCUACACUACUUUUUCGGCCUCGGUCUUCAGCAUAAACUCAUAAACCCAGGAAACAUGCUAUUCCCGUUGUCACUUUCUCGCGCUAUUUUCUAUAUAAGUCUACCUCCAUAGGCGACCUUUCCCCCCCCCCCCCCCCUUUUUUUUUUUCUCUAUCAUACAACGGUUUGGCCUAACCCUGCCCUCGAUCCACCAGUCCUAUUUCAUCCUUUACUAUAUGCAUCGCGGCGGACGUUUCCAUAUUUAUUUAUUUUUUGCCGCUUUAACCCGUCUAUUUUUACGCUCUCACGAUUAACUAUCCUCCUGUCCAUGUUUCUGUUUUUCUUUCUAUGAUAUCCAGCCACCAUCUUUGACGUUUUUUUUAGAAUGUUUUCAUCCCAUGGUUCGUUUAUCUUAUCCCGACUUCUUUGUUCCCCUCUUCUAUUUCUUUCACCUCUUUUUGCAUGAAGCGGGCAUGGCACUGGAUUAAAAAUUACCGAAAAGGAAAAAGAUAGAGAUGAUGUUGUAUGCUGUAUGUAUGGAAGUGAAGCCAGGAGAAGGGAGGACGCAGGUUUAUGCAGAUUGGACACAUAUCAUUUUCUUUGCAUAUCUCGAUAACUACCUAACUAUCCCUCUCUUUCUUCCUUAUUUCUCCCUUUUUUUUUUUUCUUUGACUCUCCUUCCCCUUGUUCCUACUAUCUAUCCACUCUCGUCUUCCGCCGGCGUUUCGGAAGGACUCGCCUUCUCUCUCUCUCCGCCUUCAUCUCAAGAUUAAUCUAAACCUGUGAGCUGCUGGUUUGCAAUUGUGUAUCUAUCUGUAUCAGACAGGUGUUUGUUAGCCCAAGACAUUCAUAUUCCUCCUGUACCCCGUCUCCAUCCCAUGGAUAACAAGACCACUGCCAAACUCCACUUGAACCCAACCG